CGCUUUGCGGGAAGUGAAUGGCAAACGUAUAAAAUGUAAUGCUCGGCUUGCUGCUGGAAGAGUGGGCAGUGGGCGUAGGGGAAAGAGAUACCGUUGUGGGGGAGUCUAGAGACAGACAAGACGUUUGAAAAUGUUAGACCUAUUCGAAUCGUUUUGUAAUUGCGAUUGCUCUGUUGUGAAGGGCUUUCUGCUUGCUGCGUUUGCAGUGGGUGUUUUCAAGAUCACAACAUUGGUGCUCUCUCUGGGCACGCUGCUUGUGCAGGCCUACGUGCUUCCAGCAGUGAGCUUCGCCAAGUACGGCGGCGGGAAGGGCGCCUGGGCGGUGAUCACAGGCGCCUCCGACGGCAUUGGGAAGGAGUAUGCGUUGCAGCUCGCGGAGCGGGGGUUCAACAUCGUCCUGGUGUCCAGAACGCAGGCCAAGCUCGAGCUGGUUGCCGCCGAGAUCGAGGGCAAGUACAAAAGACAGACGAGGGUGGUGGCCUUCGACGCUGCCGAGGAUGCGCCGGAGAACUACGCCGUCCUUGCGAAGGCGCUGGAGGGGUUGCCCGUGACGAUCUUGGUCAACAACGUCGGCCAGUCGCACGCCAUCCCUGUCCCGUUCCUCGACACCAGUGAGGAGGAGAUGAUGCGGAUCGUCACGUUGAACAACAUCGUCACGAUGAAGAUCACAAGGGUCGUGGCGCCGGUCAUUGUGGCGAACGUCGGCAAGGCCACCAAGCUCCGCGGCUUGAUCUUGACCAUGGGCUCAUUUGCCGGCUUGGUGCCAAGCCCGCUUCUCUGUGUCUAUUCCGGCUCCAAGGCGUUCUUGCAGAACUGGUCGACCUCCUUGGCGGGCGAGCUGAAGCCCGACGGCGUCGACGUCGAGCUCGUCAUCUCCUACCUCGUCACCUCCGCCAUGUCCAAGAUCAGAAGAGCGUCCUUUACAAUCCCAAACCCUCACCGCUUCGUCGCCUCCACCUUGCGCAACGUCGGCCGCCGGGUCGGUGCGCAGGAGAGAUAUGCAACAGUCACCCCAUACCCUGCUCAUGCACUCAUGCAUUGGGGGAUCGAGAAUUCCGCAGGCGUUUACUCCAAAAUCGUCAACAAAAUCAACUUCGUCAUGCACACCACCAUCCGUGCCAGGGCGUUGAAGAAGGCUGCCCGUGCUGCCGCCGCAGACACAGCCAAGAAGCAGUCUUAGGCCUCCCGUCCUCCCACUUCUGCCUUCUACAUACCGUAUAGUCCUGUAUAUCUUGCCAAAC